AUGGCUAUGCAAAUAGCUGAAUUAAUAAAACAAGUAAGGAUACUUGCUUCAACUAAGAAUAUACAAAGCAAUGAGGUUAAUUUGAUGGAAUCUUCUCAGCCUAGGCAACCUAGGAAUAAUCCCUACUCCAACACUUAUAAUCCAGGUACAUCAAAAGAAGAUGGACUAGUUGAUAUGGAAAUAACUGAAGGUGGUGUACAAAAAGAAGAAAGAAUAGAGCCUAAUCUUGGACAAAAGAAGCAAGACAAUGAGGCAUUUUCAGGACCUAAGUUUCAUAAGGCAACUGAGCGUUAUAAGCCUCAUAUUCCAUUCCCUAACAUAUUGAAAGAAAACAAACAAGAUAAGCAAUUUUCUGAAAUUCUUGAUAUGCUUUCUAAAGUUUACAUUAAUUUACCUUUGUUAGAUGUUAUUAGGAAUAUGUCAGCUUAUGCUAAACUCUUCAAGAAACUUAAUUCCAACAAAAGGAGAUAUGGAAAUGAUGAAAAAAUUAUGGUAUCUGAAACAGCAAGUGCUGUUCUCCAACAACAAUUACCCCCGAAGAUGAAAGACCUUGGGAGCUUUACUAUUGCUAUUACAAUAGGGGAUAAAAAAGUUGUUGAAGCCAUAUUAAAUUAG